AUGGCAGCGCCGACGAAUCUGUCUCUCGAGAUCGACAAGCUUCAUGCUGAAAUAUCAAGACUCGAGACGGAUUUCUAUGAGAAUGUUAAUUCGUUUUUCCUCUGCUCGAUGGCUUUGAUCAUCUUCUGUAAGUCUCUUCACCGCUACCGCCAUCGUAUCGAAUAUUGUUAAUUUCAGUCAUGCAAUGUGGAUUUGCAUACUUGGAAGCUGGAGCCGUGCGCAGUAAGAAUACGACAAAUAUUCUUAUAAAAAACCUUCUUGACUCUUGUAUUUGUAUCAUUGGCUACUGGGCCAUCGGAUGGGCUUUGGCCUACGGAGAAUCUGGAGAGGGAGUCAAUCUUUUCCUCGGACAUUCCCAAUUCUUUUUGUCCGGAUUCUCGGAUUACCCACGUUUCUUUUUCCAAUACGUCUUCUCGGCAACUGCGGCCACAAUUGUGUCAGGCGCCGUCGCUGAAAGAUGCGAAUUUGUGACCUACGUUACUUAUUGUACCGUCAUAUCAAGUUAGUUAUCAAUCAAAAUGCCCUCUCGCAAAGGUGUAACUUUACAGCUUUUGUGUAUCCAAUUCUUACCCAUUGGGCAUGGGCCGAAAGUGGCUGGAUGUUCAGAGGAAUCACAAGUGGAAUCAUCGAUACUAAAUAUGACGUAACAGAAUUUGAAAAUCACAAAUCUGAUGGAUAUUGAUAUUUUCAGGACUUUGCUGGUUCCGGAGUAGUUCAUCUCUGCGGGGGUUCGAUUUCUUUCCUCGCUGCCUGGUUUAUGGGACCAAGAAUCGGUAAAUUCCCAACUGACGAGGACGACGAAUCGGAUGAAAUUCUUGGACAUUCUGUUCCAGUAAGCGGGUAAAACUUGACGAGACUGACCUUGACUUGUUCAGUUCACUGCAUUGGGAGGAUUCAUUUUGAUGUUCGGUUUCUUGGCAUUCAACGGAGGGUCUGUUGCCAGUAUCUCUCACGCCGGGGAUGGGCAUACUGUAGCGCUUGCCAUGGUCAACACAAUUCUGAGUGGAUCGUUUGCUGCCCUAACCUAUCUCGGCGUCCACUAUUAUCAACACGGAAAAUGGACACUUCUGCUGACGAUCAACGCGUGUUUGAGUGGAAUGGUUGCCGCUUGUGCCGGGUGUAACAAGAUGGAGCCGUGGGCAUGCAUCUGGGUCGGAGUGGGAGCUGCACUGAUCUACUUGGCACUGAGCAAGCUUAUGUUCAAGUAGCGUAGAGUAGGAACUAAAUGAGAAAAAUUUCAAUUUUCAGGCUCAAGAUUGAUGACCCCCUUGAUGCCUUUGCGGUGCAUGCUGGUGGAGGUUUCUGGGGUUUGAUGUCAGCGUCAAUCAUUGCUCGUGGAGGAGUUGCCUAUGCAAUUGCUAAUGCUGUUUCCGGAGGAGAAAAUUCUGGAAACCAACUGACACAAGCCUUUGCUGUAAGCUCCACUCAAACAAUUCAGAAUAUUGACAUAGAAUUUUUAGCAAUUGGGAUGGCAGCUGAUUUGCGCCUUCUCUAUCAUCUCGUGGUCCCUUAUCUUCAUGUACCCGAUUUUCUGGAUUCUCAAGAAGGUUUGCACUGUUGAAGAUGGUUGUGAAUGAUGUAUUGUUACAGACUGGGAAACUUCGCGUCUCUGAAGAAAUCGAAAUCAACGGAUUGGAUGUGUUCAAGCACGGAGAAAUGGCCUAUCCAUUGAGAGCAUACGGUCACGGAUGGCACGACUUUGAAAGAGCCAACAAAUUCAAUGCAUUCAGCGCAAAAAUCACUGUCGGAGAGGGAAAGAACACGAGAAUCAUGAAGAUCCAUCCAGAAAGUAGGGACUAGUUGAGAUGGGAAGAUCUAUUGCAGCCAUAUUAAUUUUCAGUGUCCAUUGAACAAUUGGCGUCCGUCUACGACAGAAGUGGAAAUGUCAUCCCAAUGCCGAAAAAGUCGAGGACAUUAUUCACAAAUGAGGCCGAAAGAAAGAAGUCUCAGAUAAUGAUGUACGACGAGAACAAGUUGUAA